AUGGAUGAUCUCUUAUGUAUUCGGAUUAAUGAGUUAAAGACUGAAGGAAUAAAAACAAACGGACCAAUAACGCAAGGGAUCAAAACCAUUCUUUUGUUAAGGAGCCAUGCCGAAGUCGUCGUAGAUGAUGAGGUUUUUCUUCCGGUCUUUAAGAAAUUCUGCAAGCGACGCCCUCCUGUGGACACCGGUAAAGGAAGGCUGAAUAUUAAACUUCAAAAACAGCAUAAUUGUAUCCCAGAUGAACAUUACGUGCCAACAUUGUUUGCGGUAAGAAUGAAUCAGUAUAUCUCAUUCUUGCAUGUUCUCUUUUCCCGAACUAUUUUCUGGGUUUUCUUUGCUUUCUAAUGGUUAUCCUCUAACCAUAUUCUUGAUAAGUGAAAUUAAUCUCUUCAAUUUUUGUAAUUCGUACAUGAUUUUUAUGAAUGUGUUACAUUUGAAAUC